UAAACCGGCCUUCAAUGCGAGACUCUGGAGUUGAAAGCGUUUUAUAAAAGCGUCUGCUUAAAUCCGAGUGAUGUUUUCUCUCUCUGAGCUGUGCUCAGUGGGUGAGCGACCGAGCACUUCUAAGAUACUGAAGCCGUGGCCGGAGGUGUUCAUGGAUCACCUGUUGGUUCUGAUGCUGAUGGUGUGCAUCAUUGCGUGCACGCUGCUGCUGUCACGUGACGGGCUUGUGUGCGUUCCCGUACACGGUAACUCCAGCUCCUCUACGAAGCCCGGGUACGACCCGCUAUUUACGAGCCUGCCGAAGGGUCGACGGACCAACCUGGACUAUCAACAAUACAUCUACAUUGGUUACAUGUGCUAUCACGAGGGGUUAUCCUGGGGCUCGCGGCUCUUGCCGUACGUGACACUGCUUAAUACUUUAGUGCUGCUCUCCAGCGGCUGCUUCUGGUUUCAUUUUCCUUUAACGUCAGCCCGAAUCGAGCACUUUCUGUCCAUUCUCGACAGAUGUUGUGAUUCGCCCUGGACGACUCGAGCUCUGUCCUACACAGUCCAGCUGGACGCGGCCCAGAGCCGUUUCUCGGAGACAGAACAGACGGUGCGACCCAAACGUCAAGCGACAUCUUCAUCCAAAACACGCAAGUGGAGCGUGGACUCAGGAGUCGACAGCCCCUUGCUGGUGGGGGCCGAUUGCACCUCCGCUGCCAAUCAAAUGCCCUCGUCUCCCUCCACCGGGUUCCACUGCUCUGUGCACUCCGGUAUGUCACCUGUGGAGUCCAAGAUGCCGCCGGAAGCUCCUCGAGCAGCAGCUCUGUUAGAUCGAAAAGACCGCGAGCAGACGCGAGCACUGUUCGAGAGAGUGCGCAGAUUCCGAGCGCAUUGUGAAAGCUCAGAUGUUGUCUUUAAGGUUUACACUGCACAGACUGUGUUUAAAGUGCUGAUGUUCAUUGUGAUCAUGAUCUACACAACUCCACUGCUGGACUCCAUCUCAUUCAGUUUCAUCUGCAGUCCGCAGUCUGACGCGCUGACCGGUUACAGCGUCUUCCAGUGCAGCCGUUUGCUCUCCUCUCACCUGCGUCAACUCAUGCAGGCCUACAUCUUACUGCUUGUUCUGUUCGGUGUGCUCGCCAUCUACACCCUGCUGUGGAUCUCUCAGAAGUCAUUGAGAGAGUAUUCAUUCCAGAGCCAGCAUGAGACUGGAUUCGUGUUUGAUGUACCGGAGCUUCACAAUGACUUGGCCUUUCUUUUACACAUGGCUGAUCAAUACGCCCCUCUGCUGGCUCAGCGUCUCUCUGUAUUCCUGUCGCCGGUCUGUGAGAAUCAUCUGCUGAAGGAAAGUGUGGAGCGUCUAUGGGGAGCUGAACGUCUGCGGUCAUUGAUCACCUGUGAUCAGCGGGGUCGCUCUGUGCUUCAGCUGGUUGCUCUCCCACAUCUACCAGCAGCUCUCUUCUCUCUGAACCAACUGCAUGUGUUGAAGUUAGAGCUCAUUGGAGAGGCCAAACUCACAGCACAAAUAACCAACAUGACUGCACUCAGUGAGAUGCAUCUGUAUAACUGCUCUGCAGCAGUGGAGCCUGAAGCACUGCAACACCUGCAGGAACACCUGGAGACGCUGCAUCUCACCUUCACCAAACCCACCGAGAUCCCGGCCUGGAUGUACUCGCUCCACAACCUGCGAGAGCUUCACUUGACCGGCAACCUGUGCGGUGAGGGCGACACGGGCCGUGGCUGGGCCCUCAGCAGCUUGCGUCAGCUGUGUCACCUGCGCGUCCUGGUGCUGUGCGGGACACUGCAGAAAAUCCCCAAGGAGCUGAGUGAGCUGUCGGAGAGCUUGGUAAGACUGGAGAUACGUAACGAGGGAACCAGGCUGCUGGUGUUGACGGGACUGAAGCGUUUGACCGGACUCGCAGAAGUGCUGCUACAGGACUGCCAGCUGGAACGCCUGCCAUCCGCUCUGUUGGCCCUGACAGUUUUGCGCAGUUUGGACAUGCAACACAACGGUUUGCGUACUCUAGAAGAGCUGCUGGGACUGCAACAUCUACAUCAUCUGUCCUGCUUGCGGCUGGCACACAAUCACGUGUUGUCUCUACCUCCCAGCGUCGCAGUUCUGCGCUCAUUGGAAAUCCUGGAUUUGUCACACAACCAUCUAGAGAACCUUCCACCAGCUCUCUUCAAGCUGCAUAGAUUACGACGUCUUCUGCUUGCUGGAAACCUCUUGGAGGAGAUGCCGGCACACGUGGGAGCCCUGAAGCUCCUCACUGAACUAGAUCUCACGGGAAACCAACUCAAACAUCUACCCGAGGAGCUGUUUCAUAGCUGCGCUGAACUCCGCAUCUUGAACGUGGCUAAUAACUCGAUAGGCUCCUUGCCCUCUGAUGUGGGAAUUCUGAGUAAACUCUCUCAUCUGGAUAUACGCGGCAACUGUCUGGACGAGCUGCCGGUUGAGCUGGGGAGCUGCGUUGGGCUUCGUGGAGGAGGUUUACUGGUGGAAAACGUGAUGAUGCACACUUUGCCUCGACAGAUCAGAGACUUACUACUGCAGCCCGGAUCUGUGUCCUGCCCUUUCUUCGAAUCUCCAUCCCGGCCAAAUUCCGACAGCUUUCCUAACUUUUCCCCUGCACAGUGGAGCUUCUACUCGGCGCAGGAGUCUCGAAUAUAAAGCCUCUCUGAAGUCUGGUAUUUCCUUAUAAACACAAUUAUAACUAAUAUUACUAAAAUAAAAGUAAAGUAUCCAUAGAGUAAACAAACGGUUGUGUUCUGAUGACAGAUGUUGAUGUUAUGCUGUCGUAAAAAAGUUUAUUCUGUGUGAGUGUGAAAUAUUAUAACCUUUAUUGAUACAUAUAAUGUAUCUCUUAAAAAAGCAUUAAUCAUUUAAAUAUAUAAUCAAAGUAUUUUUACUUAAAGGAAUAGUUUACACCAUUCUCAUUUACCAACCCUCAAAUUGUUUCAAUUUCUGUGUUUUGCUGAGCACAAAGGAAGAUAUUUUGAACAAUGUUUGUAACCAAAAGUUUUGGAGCACUAUUGACUUCUAUAGUAUGUAUCUUCCUACUAUGGAAGUUUAUGGUGCUCCUGCUUAAAUACAAAUUACAAGUUUUUGUUUUUUGGUGUGUAAAAUGUUCCCAAUUUCUAGCUUUGUGUAAACAACAAACUUAUUUCCAGUUACAUACUUGAUAUGAUAAAAUAUUUGGGGUGACCAAAGGGGUGAACGUAAUUCCACCAAGUAGGAUGUGAUCCUGGAUCAACACCAUUGUUGGUCCUGGAUCGACAUUUUCAUUAACCAAUCAGAUUGCAGGAGCAGGAUUAGUUUGUAUGUUAGAUUUAGGUUUAGGAUUGGGUUAGGGGCUUUUAAGAAAUACUCCUCAAACUAUUAUUUCACACUAAUUUGAGGGUUUAAAAAUGGUUAGGGUUUGAGUUAAAGGUAGGUUGGGGUAUCUUUGAUUAAAACAACAAAAAAUGUUGAUCCAGGAUCACAUUUUACUUGGUGAAAUCAUCACAACCUCCUAAAAGGCAAAAUAUUAAGGAAAAUAUUAAAUGAUCUCUGAUUUGUAAG